CUCUCUCCACUGACUCGACGAGCGAGUCGCUGAGUUACAGCGACCCCUCGAUCAGGUCGCUUCGAUCCCCACACCUAUUAUAUCACAGCCGCGCAAUCGCCGGAGAAACCCUGUCAGGGACCCAACUGCUUCGUGACUGUCAGUUCAGUUACAUUCUGCGUCGAUGGAGAACGGUUACGUGAUUGCGUUGUGAUAGCGUGGUCAGCUACUGGUGUGCGAGGAUUAUGGCAAGGUAGCGGAGCUCUUUGCUGGUUAAAUUCCAUAUGAGGUCUCCAGGUCUUGAAGGUUCUUCUGUGUGCUUGACGGAACCCUACCACCUAGGUUUAAUUCGUCUUCACGACGGGAAGGCGGGUCCAUCAGCUGCUAACCACCAGUGGCUGGCUCACCACUUGAUAGCCACCAAUUUAAUGUGGACCUCAUGACUUGGUCUCUUCGAUCGUGUUUCUGACUGAUGCUGUAGACAGCGGCUGCGACAGAGGUGUGGCAUGUAGCAGCAUUGUUCACGAAAUUUAGUCAAGCGGAAAUGAGGAUCAGGAAGCAGAGUCGAAAUGUAAUUGUGAAGAUUCCGUCCCUGGAUACAACCGUGGAGGGUUUAGUGAGAGAACCAUGGGGUAGCUACGGGGUCCAGGAAUCCUUUGACAGGGAUGGAGCGGUGGAGCCAUUUUUUAGGCAAAGUCCAUCAUCGGAUGGAACGGUCCAUGUAGGGGCGGUGUCUGAGGCUGCUAAAUCUGAACUGCUUCAAGAAGAAAUUUCCAGAAAUGUCGAUGAGGGCGAGGAGUCCAAGGUACCGGGGGAUCAACUAAGGCAGGCGCAAGAAAGAGAGCACUUGAUGCGGCAUUAUGUGAGACGAGGAAACCGAAAGGAAGGCGACGAUCCUUCUUUGGGGCCAAUUGAAUCUUUCACUGUACCUGCCGCAGCUUCAGGCAUAACUCAACUCGGGAUUAAUGAUAUAAAUGGAAUAAAGUUACGCAUAAAUUCCGGGGAGUCCACCCCUGUGCGUGCUAAGGCCGAUUUCCAAGUCAGCAAAACCGACGAAAAGCAGGAUCACCCGUCCAAUCAACCGGAAGGAUCGUUGCUGCAUACUUUGUAUCUUCAGCUUGUGGCUGCGGGUGGGGAAGGGAUCACAUUGAGGGAGCUUUUCGGCAGUUUCAAAAAGCAGACAUGUUUGCCAAGCCUCGCAAGCGACUGGAAGGAGCAAGUUAGGGCUCUCUUAAAGAGCAAUCCGCACUUUGAUGAAGUAAAGGGACGCUACCUUCUAUGCGAACAGCUUGUGCAGCCGAAGCGCAGAUCACUUCCAUUCCACAUCCCUUCCAGAAGCGCCAAUCCUAGAGCAUCUUCCAAUGGCCAUGUCCCAUCGCCACGGUCAACCUUUCAAUCGCCCGAUGCAGCUGCAGUCCAAUCUGCCCUUUCUAUGGACAAAAAUGAAGGAGUCCAAACAAGAAGAAAAGCUUACGAGAAGACGAUCGAAGCGGUACUUACGGAGUCGGCUUUGGAGUUCCAAAAGAUGCAGCAAGAUUUGGUCAAUCCGCCUCUAGUGGGUAUUACAGAGUCCAGAGCGUCCAAUAGCAUCGUAGCAGAGCCCGAAGAAUCACCGGCUACACAUACACCGUUUCCGACAUCUAACAAGAAAAGAAAGCCGUCUUCAAAUAAUGAGGAGGAUGGCAUCAGAAACAUUCGCGGUUCUUUGAAGGCGAUGCAGGCGAAGAUUUUGGCAGAGACGGGCGUGCAGAGUGGCGUUCCGUGUGCCAGGAAGGAUGAUGCGCGCAAGUGGCGGUGUCCGUUGAUGGCUAUGGAGGGGCAUACUCUCUGCGAGCAUCACAAGAGCUUACAAGAGAGGAAAAAUGCGAAAAAGCAACAUGAGAACCUAAACAGGCGUUUGGGGGAGAAAGAAUUUUUAAGAUCUGCGCAAGGCUCAUCGACUGGUGAACUAGGAUUAUACCAGGGCGAAAAGGAGGACAUUGUUACAGGGCCUGGCGGUGCUCAUGCUAUUCAAGCCCUUAUCGACCUGCGUUGUCAAGUGACUGAGAAGGAAUCUCUCAAACCAGCUUCGACUGUGGACUUGUUAAAGACCCAGGACGAUAUUGCUGCCACAAAUUUAGUCGAAGAGGAAGAGGAGCCAGAGGUAUUUAACGACGAUCUUUCCAAGGCUGCAACAAAAACUCUGAAGUUGGCAUCCGCUUUAAAUGGGACGUCAGGGAUGAGCAUGACCCCUUCACACGACGAGAAGGGAGUGCUCAGAAAAGCUCCUUAUGAACGAGCCAUUCCAGGCUCCUUGAAAGCAUUGCAAGCCAGGAUUGUUGCGGAGAGUGGCGGCCCACACAGCGGCGUGCGAUGUGCGAGGAAGGACGGCAGCGUUGACUCCGCCAGGAAGUGGCAAUGCCCGUUGAACGCCAUGCACGGCCAUACGCUAUGCGAGCAUCACAUGUUCCUGAAAGAGAGGAAGAGAGCUCGAUAUGCAGCCGCGAAAAAGAAGAGACAGCAGGGGGGAGACCCAGUUACCAGCAAAAGCAGCACCACGCAGGUCGAUGAAGUGAUGGCUUCGUCACCAGCAGGAGAUGAGAGACAUAGCACUGGGGAAGCAGAAAGAGAUUCUAUGAGAGAUCCUAAGCUCUCCAGGAGUGCGGUGACAAAUGAGAAGAAGCUACAAGAUGAUGAGUCUUCAGACACAGAUGAGGGUGUCAUUCCAAAUCCCAAGGAAGCAAAGGAAUCAAGUUCUAAGACGGAGAAGCCGCUGUUACAAGUGUUCAGAAAUGCGCCUAAAAAGAGGUAUAUUGCAGCUAAGAAAACCGCAUCAAGUUUCGUCCUUGUAAAAGAGAAACACAUUGAGAGAGAGAGCUCGUCCUUGAUACGGUCUCCCACGAUUCCUCCACUUCCUGCCACGUAUGGCAUCCGGAGAAAAGCAGUGAAGAACAGGUCUUUGUUGUCAUUGUAACAUGCGAGCCUAUCCGUAGACUAACCAUCGACAUCAUAGAGUAGAAGAUGUGCAUACAGUUAGUUUAGAAACAUACAGAAUCAUCAUCCUUAUGAAAAAUUUCAGUUCAUAUUUCUCGGUGAUGAGAGCAGUUUUGGUGAUAGGAUAUGAUAGCAGCCUAGUGAGCUCUAUGCCCUCCUCAUGAGUACAAUGUCAACCCCACGUAAUGGUGUCACACGAUUUUGGAACCUGUCUGAUUCGAUCAGCGACCAGAUACUUACUUACCCAGCUCUGAACUAUGUGCUCUCCUUCAGUCUUGUGAUUGAUUCUGCGAGAAUCGGAUCAAUUGAAACAUGAAUUUGCUAUAGAUAACAUCACCCAACUGCUGAGAAGUGAGGAUCAGUUCACGUUCGUAUUAUUUGGCUGCUGGAUCAUCCCCAGUUGUAUAGAACAUAGAAUUGCUGCAAAUAUCAGCAUCUCACAAGUUUAGUUUAGGUGUUGCUUCCUGCAGUUACUGGGUCAGGUCUUCAAUCCAUCGAACUGCUAGAACCAUGGAGUUCCUGCUAUGAGACUCCCAUUGUGGACAACGCUUCAUCAAUUAAUGAAAUUUGUUUGCAACUUCUUGUUAUUCAAGUAAA